UUAUAGAUCAAUUCAUUAAUUCUCUAUAGACAUUCAAAGCAGGAAGCAUUUUUGCUACAUGAUCGCUCAUAGAGAGUAAGAGAAUUAAUAUACAAUAAUUAUCAAAGUACAAGUAGAAGAAUUCGUCCCGAAGUAGACCUAGUGGGGUAGCUUUGAAAAAAUGGUGAUACGAGAGAAACGUGCGGAGUUUGGUUCGAUAAGUGUUAUAUGGAAGGACUUCGACAUGAUGUCGGCUCAGUUAAAUUUCAUUUUUCUCAGUUGUUUAGCGACAUUGUUGGUUAACUGUGUCGCUCAAGAUAUUUUAGGAUGUGGCGGAUUUUUGAAGAGCCAUGCCGAUAUCGAUUUUACAAAGGUGUAUGUCAAACUAUACACAAAAACUGGCAGUUUGAAAGAUCAGACAGAAUGUGCACCUAACAACGGCUAUUACUUUCUUCCUCUCUAUGACAAAGGGGAGUACAUAUUAAAAGUAGAUCCUCCUAGAGGUUGGAGCUUUGAGCCUACAGAAGUAGCAUUAAAUGUAGAUGGUGUCACGGAUGAUUGUAGUCAAGGAAAAGAUGUUAACUUUACAUUCAAAGGAUUCGGUAUUACAGGACGUGUAAUUAGUUUAGGUACUGAUUUUGGCCCUAAAGGAAUUACUAUCUCCUUAUACAUGGACAGUAAUAAGCAAGUACCAGUUAGAUCAACAGUCACAACAGAUGGUGGCAUAUUUUACUUUACUCCCAUUCAGCCUGGAAAGUAUGUUCUCGUUGCAUCUCACCCAAAAUGGAUAAUAAGUAAAAGUACAGUUGAAGUGACUGUACAAGAAGGAAAUACUGAAGUCCUAGAUGGUAGUCUAGUAGUGUCUGGAUAUGAUGUCAGUGGCAAAGUUACCAGCGAGAAUGAGCCAGUGAUUGGUGUAUCCUUCAUCCUUUUUGGUAAAGGCGUUGUAAGCAAUUGCGAUACAACACCUGUGAGCAAGGACUUCGAGAACAAGAAGCCGCUUUGUCACGCCACCUCAGACCACAGCGGGAGAUUUGUGUUUCCCAGCUUGUCACCGGGCGAAUACAAGCUCAUACCCCAUUACGCCGGUGCCCAGACGAAGUUCGAUGUUCAGCCGCAGGAACUAUCGUUCAAAGUCAGCCACAGCAGUAUUGUUCUCGCGCAGGACUUCAAGGUAACCGGCUUCACGGUCAGCGGGCUUGUCCUUAGCUUUACGAACGGAAGCCCCCUGCCAGGAGCGGAAAUAUUCUUGUCGCAAAAGAAAGUCGCGGUCACAGACAAGAACGGAAAAUAUGUAUUGGAUAAUAUGAAAGCCGGCCAAUAUACGCUCAGAGCAGAAUCUGCAAACGUGCAAUUCAGUGAAAAGACCGUAAGGAUAUCUCCGAGCUCGCCCGAAUUCCCGGUGUUGGUACCUUCGGCGUAUAAAGUGUCGGGCAAAGUAAUGCUGUCGGCGAAGGGAACGCUACACUUCCGCAAACUGUCCAUUCAGAACACCGUCGGCACAUUUUACAAGGAACUCGACACUAACGAGAAGACUGGAGAAUUUUCGGUGUACCUUGCACCGGAUAAGUAUCAACUGAGCGUUAUUGUAAGCACAGAGGAAAAGGCCAAGGGCUUGCAAUUCUUCCCGCUGCAGCAGACGAUUGACGUGACGUCCCAACCGAUCACCAAUGUCAACUUUUUGCAACUGAAAGCUACGUUAAUGGGCACGGUGAAUUGCUUGCAAGGAACAGAUUGCAGUCAAGCCUCUGUCACUUUAAAGAUACUGAACGGAGUAAUGAUAAAAACGAUGCAAGCGAAAGUCGUUUUCCAUUACGCAGACGGCCAGUACCAAUUCACGGACGUGUUGCCUGGUCAUUACGAAGUGCUGAUCGACAACGACGUGUUCUGCUGGGAAAACCCGAGUUAUAUGGUCUCGGUAACGUCGGAACGUGCCGAGGUGCCGUCGUUCAAGCAAACUGGUUUCUCUAUUACUUUCAUAUCUUCUCACGACACAGCCGUGGAGUACUCUGAGCCCAACAGCACGAAACUGAUAACUUUGGCAUUGAACAAAGGCAGCACGAGACAUUGUGUGCCGAAAUCAGGAACAUAUACUUUCGUCCCGAAGGGCUGCCACAUGUACGACAAGACCUCUUAUACGUGGGAUACGAACGAUCUCUCGCCAAUUUUGCUGCACUCCACCGAGCACACUCACAGAGGCAGUAUCAUAACUUCGACUGCGCAGAACGAUCUCAAGAUCAAAAUCGAAGACGCAAACAAUAUCACCACCAAGAUUGAAUCAUCGAAGCAUGUGACGAAAGACGGCAUGUACAAAUAUGAGUUUGAGUUUAAGGCGAAAACAGACAAUAUGUAUACUAUCACUCCUCUGUCGGACAUUUUGUUGUUCAAUCCGCCGUCUUUAAAAGUCAUUGGCGUGAACGAGUGUCAUGAUGACAUCGCGAGUUUCGUCGGCGAUUUAGGAAAGAUUAUAGCAGGAGAAAUCGUGCCACCUUUGGAAGGUGUGACGAUACAGAUCUUCGGUAAGGAUAAGGAGUUGCCGAUUCACACAUUAGUUACGGAAAAGAACGGUGUUUACAGCGUCGGACCUCUGGACGGGAAGAUCGAAUAUAGUGUUACAGCUGAAAAGGAGGGUUUCGUGAUCACCGAGACCGAUAAGAAAGGAGUGUUCUGGGCACACAAAUUAGCCGAGAUUAUUGUUGAAGUUUCCGACCGCGCUGAUAGUUCCUUGUUACAGGGUGUGCUGCUUUCUUUGUCUGGCGGCCAAAGUUACCGCAAGAACAGUAUAACCGGCGAGGGCGGCAAAUUUGUGUUCAACUCGCUAUCUCCGGGCGAGUACUAUCUUCGGCCGAUGAUGAAGGAGUAUCGCUUCGAUCCACCGUCAAAGAUAAUCAACGUUGAAGAGGGAGAAACCGUGAAAGUGUACUUGUUCGGUAACAGAGUUGCAUACAGCGCUUACGGUUCUGUGACUUCCUUAAACGGAGAACCUGAAGUAGGUGUGUUGGUCGAGGUUCAGGGUCAAGGGGACUGCUCCAAUCUGCAGGAGGAAGCCACGACCGAAGAGAACGGUAAUUUCCGGAUCCGCGGUCUUCAACCCACGUGUACCUACGUAUUUCGUCUGAAACCAAACGUGGAGGUCAACGCACACAUAAAGCGCACGAGUCCUAGUUCACAGUUGGUGCAGCCGGUGAGCGAUGUUCAUGAUCUGCGUCUGAUUGCCUUCCAUCCGAUCUCACGCACAGACGUCGCGGUGCACGUAACGUCCGCCCAGCCAGAGCACUAUCGCACGAUCAAAGUGAAGCUCUGUACGGACGACGCGCCUGAUUCUCCGAUACAUAUUUCUAAGCUGGACGCGCAGCAGACCGGCAAGAUUGCUAGCAGCUACAAUGCCGGUUUCCUCGUUCACUUUCCGCCGCUCCAGACCGAUAGCCGCAGGUACUUUGUACAGCUGGAGUCCUCUUUGUCGCAAUCUGUACACAAAUACUACACCGCGCCGGUGUACUUCGAGGCGAACUCGUCAUUCAAGUACGUGAAGUUGGCGUUCAAUGCGGAGCGCAAGGUCGACCAAGCCGACAUGAAUCAGACGUCGGUGGUCGCGCUGCCGUUCAUCGCAUUAGUUGCGCUAGCGUUUUUCAAUCGCGAGACCCUGUGGACCUGGCUGAACGCGCUAGUCGACAAGCGCUCCAAGCCCGCGCCGAGCUCGAGAGCGCCCGUUCAAGCCAUCCCCAUCGACCCUAGAGCGGACGACAUUAUAGUUGAGCAAAUAAUGAACAUUAACAAAAGAAAGACAAAGCCGCGAAAGGCAUAAAUUGUGUUGUGUCACUCAACACUGUCAGCGACGAUCGUUUUCUUUGCAUAUUAAACAUCAUACGCUGUGAUCUUGAACGAAAAAGAUUAACGCCAAGAUUUCGUACAGAGAGAAAUCUUACGCUGGUUGGUAUGUUUUAUAUGCCUAAUCGCCACGAUAUAUUUGUCAUAGCGAUUGCAUGCAACGUCAUCAAGACGAUCGUCGUCUCGAUAUACUUAGUGUACUCCGAACUGUUAUACGUGGAUAUUUAUACCUGGAUUGUACAGAUUUACAUCGCGGGAUCGCAUCGCGUUCCGCUAUAUAGACAUGGUUGUCUUUUGUGGAAUUGAUUUGUUAGUACCUAGGAACCUUGUUAACGUGUGAUAUUUUAACACGAGACUUCAUGACGUAACGUGAAACGCAAGUUUAAUGCGCAAUAUGUCCACGAUCAAAAUGAUCGUUUGAUACGUAAGUCGUUACGAUUUUCGGAUUAUUUAAAGUAAGAUGUAUAUACGAAGAAAUUGCUGUAUUGUAUAAUAUUCAUGAGCCUCUGUUAUUAAAGAUUCUUACUUUCAAGUGAUCGCUUCGAUACUCACUUUGCGAGAGCGAACAUUCUUAUCCUAUUUGACGGCUAACUUAAAAACAAGAAUUGUAGGACAUACGUAUCAUGAUUGUCAAGUGCUUUAUUUUCUCAACGGAGAUUUAUAAAUGAUAUUCGAAGCUCUUACUAAUGCUGUGCACAUCGUCGGCAUUUCAGAUGACGAAGUACGCCUGGAAAAAUAAUGCGAACAAGACAUUAAAUGCAACAAAAUCUUUCUGCAACAUAAAGAGUCGUUAUGCAUAAUAUUCUAAAUUGAAUCCGUAUCACGAAAUGCUCAUUCAAAAUUUGCUUUUAACAUACCACAGGAUUCGCCUUGUGCAAGCACUUGUUCAAGUUGUAAGCUUUUUCGCAAUUAUCGCUUCCUUCUGAAAACCAAACCGAGAAGAUCAUGCUAUCAGACGUUAAUUCGAAAGAUGCACAAUCGACGAAAUAGUGAAGAUACAUUAUUGUUAUUGUAGGCUACUUGCCUAUGUUAAGACACUCCUCGAACAUGUCAUUUGCGAUCUUCUUAUAAGGCGUCGGUAUCAUCUUCAGCAAGAGCUUGAAGUUGAUUUUGCCGUCUUUCUUCAUCUGGAAAGAGGAAAGUCAGAGUUUCGGCGAUCUGUAAUUGUUACUACGUCUAUCUUUGUAACUUUGUUUCGUUUACCAGUCCCGCCUUCUCUACUACGCAUUUGAAGUAACAAGCCAGAUUAUUAUUGUCUGGAAAUUCACCUAGUUCCGCUUGCUCUAGCAUACCUGUGAUUAGAAUCAAAUGAUUAAUGGAUUCAUUACUAACUAUAGAAUAUGGCAUAUGAAAUAAUACAAGCGGCUAUUUUUUA